UGUAGUGCAAAUAACCAAAAAUUUCAUCGAAGAUGUUACUAUAUUUUCAAAUUAAAUAAUAUGAGAGUUCGCAUCUGGAAUAGUUGCCAGAUUAUCCGAAUAAAGAUUGAGAAUUCUCCAUUUUACAUGAAUCGGAAAACAAAUUAAAUCAUUUUAAGUUUUCCACGAGUUUUCAUUGGCUUUGAUGACCGUUGUGAAUUUUUCCAAUGGCGCAUACACGGCUCAGCUGUGUGCAAUCGCGAUCAAUUUACGUAGAAAAAUAAUGUAUUUUAUAGUAUUUUUAUUCAAUUAGACGGAGUACUGGACACGGUAUUCGUGAUAUUAGGAAAUAUGGACUGCCCAUCCAGUAUUGCAACAGUGCAUAAAUCGUGCUCAUAUUACAUGUAGCCUUUUAUUUUGCAUUGUUUUUGAUGCAUCAAAAAGAAUAUUACAUUUUUGAAGGAAAUUAUUCCUAGCUUCUAAUAGAAGAAAUGGAUGUAGUACGAGAUGAGGACAGGCGCAGGCGCCUGAGGGUGCUGGAGGAACGUAUAAAAGAUCCAAGAAGCAUUACAAAUAUUGAUUGCUUAUUGGAUACAGUCCAAGCCCUGGUGGCUGAUUGUGAUCAUCCCAGUGUAAAACGUAUGAAAAAUAUAGAAGUAUAUAUGAAUAGAUAUGACUCAGUGGCUCAAGAUAUUUGUAAAAUGCGAAUGCGUACAGAUGACUUCACUUUAAUAAAAAUGAUAGGUCGUGGGGCAUUUGGGGAAGUACAAUUAGUACGACAUAAAUCUACACAAAAAGUAUAUGCUAUGAAAUUACUCAGUAAAUUUGAAAUGAUCAAACGUUCAGAUUCAGCUUUUUUUUGGGAAGAACGUGAUAUAAUGGCACAUGCUAAUUCUCAAUGGAUAGUUCAGCUUCAUUUUGCAUUUCAAGACCAAAAAUAUCUUUACAUGGUGAUGGAUUACAUGCCAGGUGGUGAUUUAGUAAACUUAAUGUCAAAUUACGAUGUGCCAGAAAAAUGGGCAAAAUUUUAUUGUGCAGAGGUGGUGCUUGCAUUAGAUGCAAUACAUCUUAUGGGAUUUGUUCAUAGAGAUGUAAAACCAGAUAAUAUGUUACUUGAUAAGUAUGGUCACUUAAAACUUGCAGAUUUUGGUACUUGUAUGAGGAUGGAUGCUGAUGGUCUUGUUCGAUCAGAUACUGCAGUAGGUACACCUGAUUAUAUAUCACCUGAGGUACUUCAAUCUCAGGGUGGUGAAGGUGUAUAUGGAAGAGAGUGUGACUGGUGGUCAGUUGGUGUAUUUUUGUAUGAGAUGCUUGUAGGUGAUACUCCAUUUUAUGCGGAUUCAUUGGUUGGAACGUAUUCAAAAAUUAUGGAUCAUAGAAACUCAUUACAUUUUCCACAAGAAGUUGAUAUUUCCCAUUCUGCCAAGAAUUUGAUAUGUGGUUUUCUUACGGAUAGAACUAAACGCCUCGGAAGAAAUGGUGUGGAAGAAAUAAAAAAUCAUCCUUUCUUUAAAAAUGAUCAAUGGACAUUUGAAAAUUUACGAGAAUGUGUGCCUCCGGUCGUACCAGAACUUUCCGGCGAUGACGAUACCAGCAAUUUCGAGGAUGUUGAUAAAGAAGAUGGACCAGAAGAAAGUUUUCCAGUACCAAAAGCAUUUUCUGGAAAUCAUUUACCUUUUAUUGGUUUUACAUAUUCAGGAGAUUAUCAAUUAAUGGCUUCUAAUGGCAAAGAAUCUGUAGAUGGACUAGAAAACCAUAUCAAUAAUGGUACAAGUGAUGAUAUUAAAAUUUCUCAACUAGAAAAUUUAUUGGAUAAAGAAAAACGACAAGUAGAAUCUUUAGAAUCAAGGCAAAAAGCUUUAACAACACAGUUAGAAGCUAUGACACGUCGGGAAACUGAGUUACGUGAAGAGAUAGGGAGAGCCGAUAAAGAAUUGACUUUAUUGAGACAUAAUUAUAAAGAAGCACAACGUAGAGUAGAGCAUGAAACUGAAUCACGUAGAAAAGCAGAAUCAUUAUUUGGUGAAUUGAAAAAAAAGUUUGACGAGGAGCAGACUAAAAGAGCAAGGGAUGUAAGUAAUUCACAACAAACUUCUGAACGUGUAACUACUUUAGAAAAACAAAUUAAAGAAAUGCAAUCAAAAUUGGAAAGAGAAACAGAAACGGUAACAAGAUUACGAAAACAAGCAACGGAAAUUACUGUCGCUCGUCAAGCUGCAGAACAAAUGGCAAAUGAGUUACAAGUGGCGAGAGCACAGUUACAAGCACAACGAGAUAAUUUACAGCAGGAAGUGGCUACAUUACAAGGGCAAUUGUCGAAAGAGCGUAGUUCUCGAUCACAAGCGUCAUCAUUAACUGUCGAAUUAGAAAGCCGUCUCUCUGCUCUUCAUCUUGAACUCGAACAUAGUCGUGAGAAAGAGGAGAAAGCAAUAAUGGAUAAUAGACAAUUAACUGAAAAAAUUUCAGCAUUGGAGAAAGAAGCUGCAAGUUUAACUCUUGAACUAAAAGCUGCACAAGCUAGGUAUAAUCAAGAAGUAGUUGCUCAUCAAGAAACGGAACGUUCACGCAUAUUAUCCAAAGAAGAAGCUAAUUUGGAAGUUGUUAAAGCAUUACAAGCAAAAUUAAAUGAAGAGAAAAGUGGAAGGCAACGUGCUGAAUUGCUUGCACAAGAAAAAGAAAGACAAACUUCUAUGCUAUCUGUGGAUUAUCGGCAAAUACAACAGCGAUUACAGAAACUGGAGGGUGAGCACAGGCAAGAGGUGGAAAAGGUAAAAGUGCUACAGGGUCAGGUUGAACAAGAACAGCAGAAAAGAAACGUUCUGCAGACUGACUUGGCACAGCAGUCAUCUGAAGCAGGACGAUUACGCGCCAGAGAACAACAGUUAGUUGGUGAAGUUGCUCAGCUAAGGGAAGCAAAACGGCAGAUAGAGGAAGAAUUACAUCACUUGAAAACUCAAAGAAAUGUGGAUCAAUUGCAAACUAAGGAGCUACAAGAACAAUUGGAAGCAGAAGCUUAUUUUUCGACACUUUAUAAAACACAGACGCAAGAACUUCGGGAAGAACUUGAUGAGAAAAUACGAUUACAACAAGAGUUAGAAGAAGAACGCAGGUCUUUGGUACAUCAGUUACAGUUAUCUCUAGCGAGAGGAGAUAGUGAAGCUUUGGCAAGGUCAAUAGCUGAAGAAACUGUGGCAGACCUUGAAAAGGAACGAACAAUGAAGGAAUUAGAAUAUAAAGAUGGAGUAGCUAAACAUCACCAAGAAUUAAAUGCAAAAGAACAAAUUAUAAAUCGGCUUAAGGAUAGUGAAGGUGAACUUAAGAAAAAUGUAGAUCAAUAUCUUAAAGAAAAGGAAGAUUUAAGUAAACGGCUUAAAGAAUUGCAAGAUCAACUUUCUAAAGCACAAUCCAAUGCAGAAGAGAUAGAUAAACUCAGCAGUAAACUGAAAACCGAGCAACUAUUAAAACAACAGGCAGUUAAUAAGUUGGCAGAGAUUAUGAAUAGAAAAGAUUUAUCUUCAAGUGGUAAAUCUAAGAACAAAGCUUCUGCUGCAGAUUUAAGGAAAAAGGAAAAAGAUUGCAGGCGUUUACAACAGGAGCUUACUCAGGAAAGAGAAAAAUAUGGACAGUUGGCAGCUAAGUGGCAAAAAGAUUUACAAGAUUUACAAGCACAAUUGGUGGAGGAAAAUCAAACGAAAUUGAGGUUGCAAAUGGAACUUGAUUCUAAAGAUUCCGAAAUAGAAACAUUACAAAUGAAGAUCGCUUCGCUUAAUUCAGAAACCGCUAGCGUUUCGUCCGUAGAAAAUGACGGGGAAGAUUCUGUUUUGUCGGAACAUGGAACCAUGCGAUUGGAAGGUUGGUUAAACGUGCCAAAUAAACAGAACAUUAAAAGGCACGGAUGGAAAAAACAAUACGUUGUUGUUUCUUCAAAGAAGAUAAUAUUUUACAAUAGCGAGAAUGAUAAACUAAAUGCCGAUCCAGUUUUGAUAUUGGAUUUAAAUAAAGUCUUCCACGUUAGAUCUGUUACUCAGGGUGAUGUCAUCCGAGCCGAUGCCAAAGAUAUUCCGAGAAUUUUUCAGUUAUUGUAUGCUGGUGAAGGCGAAGCAAGGCGUCCUGGUGAUGAAGGAAAUACACUUCCCGGUGUAGAAUUACCACAACUUACGGACAAACCAGGCACGCAGUCAUUAAAAGGUCACGAAUUUGUAUCAAUAUCGUACCACAUGCCGACUACUUGUGAGGUAUGCUCGAAACAGUUGUGGCACAUGUUUCGACCACCGCCAGCACUUGAGUGUCGAAGAUGUCGUAUAAAAGUGCAUAAGGAACAUUUGGACAAAAAGGAGGAUGCCAUAGCACCGUGUAAAUUACAUUAUGAUCCAAACAGCGCUCGCGAACUAUUAAUUCUGGCUGGUAGUCCUGAUGAGCAGAAGUAUUGGGUCGCAAGAUUGUCUAGGCGUGUACAAAAAUGUGGUUAUAAGGCGAACUCGCACGUCGAUGGCACAGGGCAGCGUGUCUCGCCAAGAGAGUCUACGAGAUCCACCUUGAAGCCAUAUUUGUCAGUGCAACAACGAUCCGCGACUCUGCCAGCAAAUGCCAGCAUGGGCAAGUGACCUUAGCUAGUACUGAUAAUACUCGAUUGGAAUUCGUUGCUCCGACGUCCUUCCUAAUCGAUCAAUUUAAGCAUAUAAAUUCGAUCAGUUGCUUAGAUAAAUGAUUUGCAAUGGGAUCUAAAUAUGCAAAAAUAGUUUCCAAGGCUCUGUAUCAUCUGGAAUAUAUCCGGAGUUCAUGUGUCUUAAAACCAUCCGAUCCGAAUAUACAGAAACAUGUUAUUACCAACUUUUUAACGAGUACGAGGACAUUCGACGGAAUCAUUCGUUGAUACUUUUACUUGUAUUGAUCGUUAUUUGUAGGCACAUGUUUGUUAAACGAAUCACACGUGCCUUUGAUAUAUUCUGACGAUGAUGGAACUCGAUUGAUCGAAAGAAUGUUGAAGAAAUAAGGCGCAUUAGUAAAUGUCAUGCGAUGAAAGUUUCCAGGAUAGGAAAACGAGGCGAUUAAUAAACAGAAGUGUGUAGCUGUUAUUUACAAAAUUAUACUAAUAGUGUUUAUAUAAAUGAGUAUAGUGAUCAAAAAAAUUCGAAAACAUGAGCCGUGUUCCUCGAAUUUAUCAGACUGCAACAUCAUAUUUGCUAUCAUAUUUGAUAUAAAUGAUUUGCGUAAUAUUUCCA